AUGGAGUUCCAUAACUCGAGUGGUUUUCCAAAACGCCGCUCAUACCCCAACCUAAAACACAUAUCCCUGGCUCCACUUACUCCACGAUUUCCCAUCGACGACGACAUAGAUCAGCUUGAAACAGACUAUUUUAGCUACCAGAGAGACGAACCGAAAGUCGCUACUGGCAGUAGAACCCCAACCAGGUCCUCAUAUCUCUCCAGUGUCUCCGUCCCUAGCACACCACCCAUCCUUUCGCACUCGCGUAGCACAUCCCGAACAAGACACCCCACCCGAAGCAAGAGUUCCACGCGCGCUACUCCAGCAAGCGAUACAAACCUUACCAGACAAAAUGUCUUGUUCCCUCUGCAUCAUAAUACAGGAUCUCACAAGAAACGCAGUGACGCGACCGUAAAAUCCGAUGCGGAAUGGGUGCUCCGUGCCGGGAUAGCGCUCGCAUCUUCCACCCGCGAAGAAAAAGGGCAAAGCUGGCUCUCCAAGCGUGAAUCUUCAACCAGUCUUGUUUCCGAAAUGCCCUUUGAGGAUCCUUCUGUCUCACAUCACCGUAACCACUACCGUACGAAAUCUGGUGCAUCGUCGAGGAAGUCUCGCUCUGGUGCUUCGACGCCAGGUACGUGGUCUCGUGCUCAUAGUCGUCGUGGAAGUCGGGCUGGAUUAACCAUGACGGCGCUUCCGCCUCUAUCUUCUGCUUCUUCUGCUUCAAUAGGGAAGGUUGCUAGUCCCAGGACCAGCACCGCGACGGAGACCAUUAGUCCUGAGAUUCGGGGCCGAGGGAGUGGCAGUGGGGUGGGACUGGUUCCUGAUUUUGUCGAUGAGAAGAUCCGGGCGGAGAUGGCGUCAAUCCAAGAGCAGGAGAGAGAUCGGGGUCGGAUGUUCUUUGAAGAGGGAGAGGAAGAAGAUGUGGACUCGGAGUAUGAGUAUUUCUCUGAUGAGACACACGAGGAUUUUGAUGAGGCUGAUCUGCAGCGUCUGACUCGAGAGCGUGGAUUUGGACUCGGCGGGUGGAUUGAUCGGUUGGUGGAAUGGACCUUGUUUGGUGUUGAUGAGUUGCCUGCUUUAUCUGCUUCCUCCACGAUUGCGACCAUUGGUGCUGCUGCCACUACCACGACAGUUACCUUUGAGGAACGUGCCAUCUCUCAUGGAGAUGAGGUAGAGAUCGAACAUGGUAACUUUUCGUUAUAUGCCGAGGGGGAUCAGGUCGCCCUUUCUGACGAUGGUGAUGCAUUAUCGUAUACGGAUGGCGAGUCUACUGUUGGUGUUGAGAAGCCCGGUUUUCAAGGCGGGUGGGAAGACGCGGGUUGGUUAUUUCGCAUAGUGAAGCGUGCAUUGGUAUGA